AUGGGUGUAUUUCCUAUCUCCCCCAGAAUUGUGGUGAUAUUUCUGUUCGUCAGUCUGUUAAGACCAACACAGUGUGUUGGCGAUGACGAUAAAGUCUUGAAAAUUGGGUUUCUGGUACCUCUCACUGACCCGUACCAUAUGACGAUGUAUACUCUGGGAGAUCCAAUGGCUGGCGCAUUUGAUAUGGCGAUCGAGCACGCAAAUGACUUAGGAUUUGUUGACGGAUAUCGUGUAGAAUAUGAUUGGGGGGAUUCGUAUGCUAGGAUUAACAAAGGUCUUCAAACUAUCGCUUGGUUUCGGAAAAAUCGUUACCAUGGAAUUAUAGGACCUGGCAAUACAUGUGCAUUCGAAGCUAGAUUCGCAUCGGCUCUGAACAUGGCGAUGAUUGACUAUCUGUGUGAUGAGAAAGAAGUUUCUGACAAGUCUAUCUAUUCCACAUACGCAAGAACCAAACCUUCAUUUUCUGAAAUUGCAUAUGCGAUUGUGGAGGUGUUCAAGGAGUAUAAUUGGAGGCGUUGUACUAUCGUCAGUUCUGAUGAUCCAAACUUUGUCAGUAUGACGGACACGGUUUUUGAACUCUUUGAGAAAAACAACAUUGAAGUAACUAACCACAGGCCUUUUCCGGGGAACUAUGUUCCUGGAAUGGCGAUGUACAGCUAUGAUUGGGAUGACACAAUUAGAAAAACCAGACAAACUACAAGAAUUUACCUGUUUCUUGGUUCCUUGGUACAUCACCGACAUUUUAUUGUAAACUUAUACAAAGCAGGCGUGUUUUCUAGAGAUGAUACGAUGGUAGUGACAACAUCGGUGGACAUAACCUUUCCUGGUCUUCAAGGAUAUGUAAAAGGAGUGUUUGACAUAGACAACAAUGAUAUAGCAAUGGAGGCAAUCAAAUAUUCCUUGGUGGUUGAAUUUCGUCUUCCUUUGAUUGAUUAUGAUGACUAUGUUGCCUUUACCGAUCAGUACUCCCGACGGACAGAGUAUAUAUUUGGUGGCUUAGGCAUUGGAGUAGACAACAGAGCUUUUUUUCUAUAUGAUGCAGUCAUGCAGCUCUGUUCUGCAUUGAAUCAGACAAUCGCCGAAGGGGGCGAUAUAACUGAUGGUAGGGAAGUAAUGUCACAUGUGUUUGAUAGCACAUACCAAAGCAAGUUAGCUAGAGAAGCGUACAUCGAUGAAAAUGGUGAUGCUUUCGGCGAGUAUGAACUUAAAGCAUGGAGAUUAUAUGACAUGAUGACACAUUUCACUUUUGGACGUUUUUUUCAAGAGAAUUUGGUUAUUGGGACAGACUACGGCAUGAUACCCAUUGGCAAAAUGUAUAGAAAUGUUUCUACUGCAAAUGAAUGG